AUGAACCAUCCCUUUUUCUUUUGUUCUGUACUUGUUAUCCCACUGCCUUUCUGUUAUGCUCUCCCUUUCUCCCAGAAGUUUUUGUUAGAACUUGUUUUUACAGUUAGAAAUUGGUUGAGAUUUUCUGUUAUGACAGUUGGUGAGUUAGUUAUAGAUUGUUUGGGUGGAGCCAAUGGUUUAAGGAAAUUUGGGUUUAUGUUUUUGAUCCUGUGGACAUUUAGGAUAGGAGCUGUUAUGGAAUCAGUUAGGCUGCAUGUUUGGAUAAUUGACAUAGGGUUGAACUAUUGCGCAGACCCUUUCUUAAUGCACAUGGCCUGGUGCAUAAUUAACGAAUGGUUAAUACAAGAAGCCGUCGUAGGUUCACGACAUGGCUGGCAUUUCUUGGUCUGA